AUGACGGACCCACUCAGUAUUGCAGCCAGCAUCAUCGCCAUCCUCCAGCUCUCUGCCAAAGUCCUUGCAUACCUGAACGAUGUCAAGAACGCCUCUAAAGACCGCGCGCAAUGUGCGAUGGAAGCCUCAAACACACAUAGCCUUCUCACGAACCUGAGAUUUCGCCUCGAAGCGAGUACUGGAUCUGAACCAUGGUACACGGCAGUUCGAGCCCUCGCAGUAGAAAAUGGACCAUUCGAUCAAUUUAAAGCCGCUUUGCUAAAACUACAGGACGGCAUGACAGAAGGAGGCAGACUGAAAGAGGCUGGUGCAGCUUUGGUGUGGAAGUUCAAACGACAAGAAACGGUCGACAUCUUGAAUAGGAUCGAACGACUGAAAUCUGUGGUGGAAGUUGCCCUUCAAAUGGACCAUUUCAAACUCUCAGAAGCCAUCAAAAGAGACACCGAAUCUACACGAGCAGACAUCCCCAUGAUCCAUUCGAGGCUUAAUACAGUACAGCAGAGCCAAGAUGAGGAGAAACGUCAAAAGAUCCUUGCAUGGUUAUCGCAAUCGAAUCAUCCCGCCCAAAAGUCAGACAUCAUAGGUCGAAAGCAGGAGGGGACCGGAGAGUGGUUCACUUCCUCGCCAAAAUUCACAGCCUGGCUCCGUGAACCAGGUGCCACCCUCUUCUGUCCCGGCAUCCCUGGCGCUGGUAAGACAGUGAUAGCUGCCACUGCGAUUGAACACCUCGAGAAAACGACACGCAAUGAUACCGAGGCUGUUGCAUAUCUAUUCUUGAACUACAAGGAGCAAGAAAGCCAGAACAUUGUUGAUCUGCUGGGUGCGAUUGUCAAACAGUUUGUACAAGGUCGAGCACUGAUUGCUGAUCACGUACUGGAACUAUACAGACGGCACGGUGGAACAGUGAAGCCAUCGACCAAAGAACUUGCAAAUGCUCUCCAGGCUGUUGUCUCGGAAUUGGGCACCGCGUACCUUGUAGUCGAUGCGUUGGAUGAAUGCUCCGAUAGUGACGGCACUCGACGCCAGCUAUUAGCUCACUUACGACUUACACAGCAGCACGCGGGUCUACAGUUGAUGGUCACCUCACGGCCCUUGCCAGAUGUUGUGGCCGAGUUCCCAAUUGCGACGAUGUUAGUAGUGCGAGCGGACUCUGACGAUGUCAAGCAAUAUGUGACUGGACAACUCAAUCGACUCCCAAGAUGCAUCCAGCGGGACAUUUCGUUGCAAGAUCAGGUUCGAGACGAGAUCACAACAGCAAUCGAUGGAAUGUUCCUGCUUGCUCGCCUACAUGUGGACUCACUCUUAGACAAGAAGACAAAAAAAGCCGUUCUCUCCACAUUGGCACGAUUGUCCAAGUCUCAAUCAGCACUCAAAGACGCGUACGGCGAUGCAAUUGAACGCAUUGACAACCAACUGAACGGGGAUUCUGCCUUGGCGAAGCGUGCACUAUCAUGGAUAACACUCGCUCGCCGACCGCUAAGAGUGACUGAGCUACUCUGCGCCUUUGCAGUAGAGUCAGGGGCGACAGAACUUGAUUCAGACAAUAUGCUAGACAUCGAGGAUGUUGUAUCCGUUUGCGCUGGUUUGAUUACCGUCGAAGAAGAAAGUGGGACCAUUCGACUUGUACACUAUACUACGCAAGAAUUUCUUGAAAACAUUCUGGAGACAUGGAAUCCCGAGGCAAAGGUAGACGUCACCAUGACGUGUCUAAACUAUCUUUCUAUAGACGAUUUUCGACCAGUUGUAGAUAACACUACGGACCUGCAAUUACGACUCGACAACCACGAAUUCCUCGACUAUGCAGGGUCCUACUGGGGCGAACAUGCAAAGUUUGUGCAGGCUUAUAUAUGCGAAGAGGCUUGCGCAUUCCUUUCAGACGCCUCACUGCUGCUUUGUGCUGCACAAGUCUUGUUCAGAAAGGACUCGUUUUAUCUUAUAGACCUUCAAGGCUUCCCUGAUUGCACCUCAACAUACGUGCAUGUCACAGUAAGAUUCGGGUUAUGCGAGUUGUUGCGUCUGAUGUUUUCUAAGUUGAAAGACGAUGUGAUCACAACAGUCUGUGCCCAAGAUUACAGGUAUCGGACGCCCGUUCUGAUAGCGGUAGGCCAAGGGGACAUGGAGAUGGCAGAACUACUCAUUGAGCAUGGCGCUGACCCCUUUAUGCCUGGAGUUCCAGAAGUACUGUCGAACCACCUGGCAGAUUCCAACGACUACAGCCCACUACAUCUGGCGUCAAUCCGCGGCCAUAAGGACUUGGCUAGUUGGUUGCUCGAUAAAGGCGUCAAGAUCGAUACCCUGAAUCUGAACAAAGAGACAGCUCUAGCUGUAGCUUCCCGCUCUGGACAAAGGCCAGCCGUGGAUUUCUUGAUCAAAAAUGGAGCCAACGUGGAUUCCAUACCGGAAUCGUUCCUUGCGAAAAGCCCACUUCAAAUGGCUGUACAAGGCGGCCACGUGCAGAUUUCGUCAAUGCUACUGGUCGCAGGUGCAGACGUCAAUGCAAGUAGAUGGUUCCAGCCCCCCCUCUUUUUAGCUGCAAGGCAUGGUCAUGAACAGAUCACGACCAUGCUGCUCAGCGUGGGUGCAAACAUCGAUGCGCAAGCUAUCGGAUGUACUGCUCUCGGACAGGCCUCGUUCUUUGGCCAUGAGAAGAUUGUGAAGUUGCUCCUUGAUGCAGGUGCAGAUUGCAACGUUGGCGAUGCCGGAUGGAAACCGCUCAAGAACGCGAUAGAGGGAGGUUAUGUGAGCAUUAUCGAACUGCUGGUAGCAAGCGGUGCGGAAACAAGGGGUCGAACUUUGGGAGAGAUACUGGUCGAAGUUGAGAGAGAGCGACAGCACAGGGAGUGA